AUGCCUCGUGAAGUCAAAAAACGAGGCCGACGCCACCAGGAAAAGGAACGAAGACACAGAGAACCAGACAGAUAUGAGCGAUCUUCGAAGCGGUUUAAAUCCGAGCACAUCGCGGCAGAGGAGACCGCGGCAGAAGUGGCAGUGAGCGGCGAUGCCGGUGACGACUUCAUCGGAUUCAACAUUGAGCAACCGCGGGGUGUCGAGGAGCCGCAGGAAGAAGCUCAGUUCUACGGCCUGCUCGAACCUCAGGAACAAGAAUAUUACGCGAAUGUGAACAACAAAAUCGUGGCAAAUGAUUUUGAGUCGCCUGAAGACCGCGGCAACUUCAUCGACGCAGUCCACCGGGAAACAGAGGGGAAAGAGCUCAAGGUUGCCUCAAGCCAAUCAUGUUCUCGUUAUCUAGAAAAGAUCAUUAUGCUCUCUACCCCCGAGCAACUGCGGCGACUAUUCAGCAUAUUCGUGGGCAACCUCACCUAUCUUGUGCGCCACCGAUUCGGGAGUCAUUGCUGCGAAACGUUAUUCCUGCAAGCCGCAAAGCACGUGGAAAAGGACAACCCAAAGAAGAGCGCUGAGAGCGAAGAUCUACCUUCGAUGGAAACCCUCUACCUGCAAGCCACCGAGGAGUUGGAGCCAAACAUGGGCUUUCUCCUCACUGAAAGAUUUGCCUCGCACACUGUCCGUGUCCUGUUUCUUGUCCUGUCUGGCGACUCCCUGGACGACGAAUCAGUGAAGACAAUGCUUGCGAGCAGGAAGAAGGAAAAGCUGGAUGCACCCGUGGAGAAGGAGUCGGUGUCGGAAAACGGACGCGUUGUCCCGAAGUCGUUCCGAACUGCGCUUGACAGACUCAUCAGCAGUGGUGUCUCGGCCUUGGACACCACCUACCUGAGGGCACUGGCUACGCACCCGACUGGCAAUCCUGUCCUGCAGCUACUGCUCCAUCUCGAGCUCACCGGCCCUGGCAAGAACAAGUCGAGCGCUGAGAACUCUGUAUUCAGGAAGCUCUUACCCGAUGAACAGCUUGAAGAGGAUUCAGAAAGCGCCAAAUUCAUUGCUGGGCUGGUCUACGAUCCCGCUGGCUCACAUCUGGUCGAGAUUCUCGUCAAGGAGUUGCCGGGCAAAGCAUUCAAGAAACUCUACAAGAAUAUCUUGAAAUCACGGCUUCCAAGCAUAUGCAAGAACGACACGGCAAGCUAUGUUGCCAUUAGAAUGCUGGAGCGACUGGGCAAAGAUGACCUAGCCGAAGUGGAGGAAUUGCUGCUGGCCGACUUACCGUUACUGAUCUCGCGACGAAGGACCGGGCUAAUCAGAGUCCUCGUGGAAAGAUGCGCCGUUCGAGGUGUGGAUCUGCAGGAUGUGGCAGAUGUAAUCCGGACAGAAUAUACCAAGGACAACAGCGAUUUCCUUUCGACCCUUCUCGAUCUGCCGACCUCAGAAACAGCAGCAAAGCCCCAUGAUGUGGCUGAGGAGAAAGAGGCUGCCUCAAAGCAGGCGCAUAGGACCGAUGUCCAUGGCUCACUGCUGGCACAGGCGAUGUUGCGGGCCCCCCAAAUGAGCCAACUCGUCCAAGAAAGCCUCGUAGCCGUGGAUAUGAGCACCCUCAUUGCAAUGUGUCAAGACCCGGCGUCUUCACGCGUCAUACAGACAGCACUGGCGCCGACACAAUUCAAUCUCCCAUUUCGAAGGCAAUUUGUUCCUCGCUUUUACGGCCAUAUCGCGGCGCUGGCGCAGGACCUCACCGGUUCAUAUGUGGCGGAUUCAUUGUGGUCCGCUACAGAGGGCCUGCAUUUUAUGAAAGAAAGGCUGGCAGAUGACCUUGCCAACCACGAAUCCAUGAUCCGCGAAUCGCCGUUCGGGCGGAACGUCUGGAAGAACUGGGCAAUGGAUAUGUACCGUCGCCGACCCGGCGAAUGGCGCGCACUAGCCAAGGGACAAGAACGCGAUCAGCCACGAGAUGCACCACCGCAGAGGCAGGGGCAGGGCGCCAGGCCGGGCCAGAAUGAACCAGCCGGCGUGAAAAAGAAAUCGGCGAUCGAGCUUGCGCGAGAACGACAUGCGCAGAAGAAGGCUCAGAGCACGAACAAGAGGCACACUCCUGCCACUUCGGCGAAUGCAGUGGUUCCGACGAGGGCGUAG